GCGGAGAGCGGCGGGCGAGCUGGGAGGGAGGGAAAGCCCGGCGGGCGCUGCGCCGCCGCCGCCCGCUGCACGCCGCGCUCUCGGGACCGCCGGCCCGCAAGGCCCCGCAGCCUUCCGGGAGGAAGCGGCGCAGGCAGCGGCCGGGGCGCACGCGCUCGGGCUCCCUCACCUGCCGGCGCCCGGCGGGACGCGCGCAGGGCCGGACGGCCCCGGAGGAGGAGGGAAGACCUGGCCGCCCGCGCCGCAGCCCAGCAGCCCGGGAGCACGUCUGAUCCCGCGCGGGGGGCCGGCUCCAUGGCGACCGGGCUUGGGGAGGCGGUCUACGGACUUUCGGAAGACGAGGGAGAGUCCCGUAUCCUCAGAGUGAAGGUUGUUUCUGGAAUUGAUCUCGCCAAAAAGGACAUCUUCGGAGCCAGUGAUCCAUAUGUGAAACUUUCAUUGUACGUAGCAGAUGAGAACAGAGAACUUGCUUUGGUACAGACGAAAACAAUUAAAAAGACGCUGAACCCAAAGUGGAAUGAAGAAUUUUAUUUUAGAGUAAACCCAUCUAAUCACAGACUCUUGUUUGAAGUAUUUGAUGAAAACAGACUGACACGAGACGACUUCCUGGGACAGGUGGACAUACCCCUUAGUCAUCUCCCGACAGAAGAUCCAACGAUGGAGCGACCCUACACAUUUAAGGAUUUUCUCCUCCGACCAAGAAGUCAUAAAUCUCGAGUUAAGGGAUUUUUGCGAUUGAAAAUGGCCUAUAUGCCCAAAAACGGAGGUCAAGAUGAAGAAAACAGCGAGCAGAGGGAUGAGAUGGAGCCCGGCUGGGAAGUUGUUGACUCGAAUGACUCGGCGUCUCAGCACCAGGAGGAACUUCCCCCCCCUCCCCUGCCCCCCGGGUGGGAAGAAAAGGUGGACAACUUGGGUCGCACUUACUAUGUCAACCACAACAACCGGACCACCCAGUGGCACCGACCCAGCCUAAUGGAUGUGUCCUCCGAGUCCGACAGCAACAUCCGGCAGAUCAACCAGGAGGCAGCGCAUCGGCGCUUCCGCUCACGCAGACACAUCAGCGAGGAUCUGGAGGUGGAGCCCGGCGAGGGCGGAGACGGCCCUGAGCCUUGGGAGACCAUUUCGGAAGAAGUGAGCAUCAGUGGAGACUCCCUCAGCCUGGUGCUGCCUCCACCACCAGCCUCGCCUGUGUCUCGGACCAGCCCCCAGGAGCUGUCUGAGGAACUGAGCAGACGGCUUCAGAUCACUCCGGACUCCAACGGGGAGCAGUUUGGUUCUUUGAUUCAGAGAGAGCCUUCCUCGAGGUUGAGGUCCUGCAGUGUCACCGACGCAGUCGCAGAGCAGGCUCAUCUGCCUCCGCCCAGUGCCCCAGCUGGGAGAGCACGUUCAUCAACUGUCACGGGUGGUGAGGCGCCAACGCCAUCAGUGGCCUAUGUACAUACCACGCCGGGCCUACCUUCAGGCUGGGAAGAGAGAAAAGAUGCUAAGGGACGCACAUACUAUGUCAAUCAUAACAAUCGAACCACAACUUGGACUCGACCUAUCAUGCAGCUUGCAGAAGACGGUGCAUCCGGAUCCGCCGCAAACAGUAACAACCAUCUAAUCGAGCCUCAGAUCCGCCGGCCUCGUAGCCUCAGUUCGCCAACAGUAACUUUAUCUGCCCCACUGGAGGGUGCCAAGGAUUCACCCAUACGUCGGGCUGUGAAAGAUACCCUUUCCAAUCCACAGUCCCCACAGCCAUCACCUUACAACUCCCCCAAACCACAACACAAAGUCACACAGAGCUUCCUGCCGCCCGGCUGGGAAAUGAGGAUAGCGCCCAACGGCCGGCCCUUCUUCAUUGACCAUAACACAAAGACUACAACAUGGGAAGACCCACGCCUGAAAUUUCCAGUGCAUAUGCGGUCAAAGGCAUCUUUAAACCCCAAUGACCUUGGCCCUCUUCCUCCUGGUUGGGAAGAAAGAAUUCACUUGGAUGGCCGAACGUUUUACAUUGAUCAUAAUAGCAAAAUUACUCAGUGGGAAGACCCAAGACUGCAGAAUCCAGCUAUUACUGGUCCGGCUGUUCCUUACUCCAGAGAAUUUAAGCAGAAAUAUGACUACUUUAGGAAGAAAUUAAAGAAACCUGCUGAUAUUCCAAAUAGGUUUGAAAUGAAACUUCACAGAAAUAACAUAUUUGAAGAGUCCUAUCGGAGAAUCAUGUCUGUGAAAAGACCAGAUGUCCUGAAAGCUAGGCUGUGGAUUGAAUUUGAAUCAGAAAAAGGUCUGGACUAUGGGGGCGUGGCCAGAGAAUGGUUCUUCUUACUGUCCAAAGAGAUGUUCAACCCCUAUUACGGUCUGUUCGAGUACUCUGCAACGGACAACUACACACUUCAGAUCAAUCCCAAUUCAGGCCUCUGUAAUGAAGAUCAUUUGUCCUAUUUCACUUUUAUUGGAAGAGUUGCUGGUCUGGCAGUAUUUCAUGGGAAACUUUUAGAUGGUUUCUUCAUUCGACCGUUUUACAAAAUGAUGCUGGGGAAGCAGAUAACUCUGAAUGACAUGGAGUCUGUGGAUAGUGAAUACUACAACUCUUUGAAAUGGAUCUUAGAAAACGAUCCGACUGAACUGGACCUUAUGUUUUGCAUUGAUGAAGAAAACUUUGGGCAGACAUAUCAAGUGGAUCUGAAGCCCAAUGGGUCAGAAAUAAUGGUAACAAAUGAAAACAAAAGGGAAUACAUUGACCUAGUCAUCCAGUGGAGAUUUGUGAACAGGGUCCAAAAGCAAAUGAACGCCUUCUUGGAGGGAUUCACGGAACUGCUUCCUAUUGAUUUGAUUAAAAUUUUUGAUGAAAAUGAACUGGAGUUGCUGAUGUGCGGCCUUGGCGACGUGGAUGUGAACGACUGGCGACAACAUUCUAUUUACAAGAACGGCUACUGCCCGAACCACCCUGUGAUUCAGUGGUUCUGGAAGGCUGUGCUGCUGAUGGACGCUGAAAAGCGUAUCCGGUUACUCCAGUUUGUCACGGGGACGUCCCGAGUCCCUAUGAAUGGAUUUGCCGAACUUUACGGUUCCAAUGGUCCUCAGCUGUUUACAAUAGAGCAAUGGGGAAGUCCUGAAAAACUGCCCAGAGCUCACACAUGCUUUAAUCGCCUUGACUUACCUCCAUAUGAAACCUUUGAAGAUUUACGAGAGAAGCUUCUCAUGGCUGUGGAAAAUGCCCAAGGAUUCGAGGGGGUGGAUUAAGUGCCCCCGGCCUCGGGAGGGUUGUUCUUCAUGCAAGUCCUGCUUGCACUUUUGCAUUCGCCUAACAGACUCUGCAGAGAUGCUGGCAGAGAGCAGCGCACGGCGCGGACUCCUGGAGCAGAGCCUUCGCCCGCGACUUGCCCACGCGCCAACAUGGGAACCCAGUCCCAGGUUGCGUUCCUGCAUUUUCCACCACAGAUUACCAACUGGUUGAUGUGUAUACUAAUUACAUUUUAGGAGGACUUAUUCUAUUUAUGUUGUGCCUCUGUAGGCCAAGCCCUUAAUAAAUAUUUUACAUACUUUAUAAUGACAGCGAAUGGAAUUAAUCACUCUACAGGUAUAGUAUUACAACUCAUGUUUACUUUUUAAAAUGAUUUAGACCGAUUUGCAGAUUUUAUUUCACUACAAUUAAAGAUGUCUCAUGUACUUGGAAAAGUGAGCAUAUUAUUUUUUUGUAUUUGAAUUUCACGCCAGGUUUAAUGUCAGUGACAUUUUUAAAGUACUUGGACAGCCCCACGCCCUACCUGAUUAGCAUUGGAAGAAUGACUUUUGUCCGAAAGCCUCCUACAGACAAAUACUUGGAGAGAAUUUAAACCAUAACAUUAGGCAUCAUGACGAUUUUUUCCAUGCUCAGAAUGAAAACAAACUGGAUAAUUACGUUUUUUGUACAAAUUUAGCAUAAUAGCUGCAGGCUGAGAGCAUUGUAACAUAGCAUGACAAACUUUGUGUUGACUUGAAGGAAUCACACCAUUAUUCCUUAGAGGCAGUUACGUGUGCUAGAACACACUUGAGGCAGGGUUGGACUAUCGUUUUCUCAUAAGAGAAGUUAUUUACUUAACCCUUCCUGCUGCUGUACAGUCCUUCUUCUGUCAUGUCUUCCUCUUUGCUGUUCUCAGUAGAGACACUUGAACGAAACUUGGCACUGCGCGAUUUGAAACUGUGGGAACCAGGCCUGUGCAGCCUCCUGUUUGUACACGUUUGCUGUUGGCGGCUAAAUAACCAACUUCUGCUCUAGCCGCGCCAAUUCUGGAGGCGCGUUAUGUACGACGUGGAGGCCACAUCUGGUUCCUGGGAGGGCUUUGUCAGGCGCGUUGACUGUGAGGCUGAUGUCUGCCCUCUGCACACGCCUUUCCGGUGCAAUAGCUGUCAAUCGUGAAGCUGGCUGCUGGCAUAUAAAGCCUGGCUGUAAAGCUCAGCCUGCAGACCCGUCCUCGCCAGUCGUUCUGUGAUUUCUGUGCCGCUGCCAAGAUUCACAGACAGUUAACCUAACCGGGUUUUGUUCCCCGUGACAUGUUGCAUGCGUCCAUACCGUGUACUGCCCAAGUUGUGUCCGUCGUGUGCUGGAUUAGACGUGCGAGAGAAGGCUUGAUCUGAUCCCCUGACGUCCGGCUCUUCGGCUGGUCCUGGCGGGGAUGGAGGGUUCUGUGGGAUUCGAUCCUUGGCCGCUUGUGAGUCCUUGUUGCAGAAUUCUGUCAUGUUUUGAGAGAACGCUUGAGGCAGGGCGGGAGUCCAGCAAUCCUGCCGUCCUUCUUAACCUGUGUUGUCCUAGACCCGUGGUGGCAGUCAGGGGACACUAGCCGUCUCUCCUCUUGCCAGUUGUAGAUAAGACAAUAAAAUCGUGGUUUCAGGGCCUCCAUUUAGGAUCUUUUGGCGUUACAAACUCAGUUUACCCCGGCUCUGGGUGGCUUGUGGGAAGCCACGAAUGUUUGUGCUUGUCAAGGAGUUUUCUGAAGCGGCGCAGAGGCCUAGGUGUCUAAAAGAAGGUGGAUUUCUCCAGAGCUGAGGAUUGUUCCCUUUUCGUAUUGAUUUUUAAAAAUCCAGUAGUGAUCAGAAAACCUAGGUAUUGCGUAAUUAGAAAAAACGAUAUUGUUCAUUAUUUUUACCUACUGGUGGGAUUUUUUUCCCAUCACUCAAUGUAACAGAUGUCUCAGUGGCAAACCUCCCCCUUCCUGUAGCCCCUCAGGUCCAGACUCGGCUUUCUUUUUAUGACUUAUGCCAAAGCCUGGGAGAGCAGUAUGCUUGGAUGGGUUCUGAGAGUGAGUGUGUAAUUUAUAGGGGGAGAAAUCCAGCGAUUCUUGUCUAAGAACUGGGAUUCUUCUUUUUGUAAACUGUGUAUUCCAAAUAAUCAGAAUAUUCACUAAAUGCAAAUUAGGCAAAGUAUUGAAAAUAAGAAAGAAAACCCAUCCUAAGAUAAUUUCUGUGCCAAGAACAGAUAAGAAUUACCGAAAUAGACCCCCAUGAAUACUUGAAAGGCAGUAACUGUGAAUGACAAUUCAGCUCAUCUAUCCCUUAAUAUCUGAUUUCAGUGACAGCUCAAAAGUGCCGGGUCUAGAGUUUGUUUGGGGGUUUUGGUUUUCUUUUUUUAAUCCAAAUAACGUUCCCUGGCUCUCAUCAAUUCUCAGCGUUUCACUCUUUGUCUAACAUAGUCACCCAUCUUGUUUCCUCUCAACGCUGAUGACCACUCUCCAUCACCUUCGCGACGUAACCACAGAAGGCAGUAAGGAAAAUGCACCGCAUGGGGGCAGGCUGCCGGGCGGUCCCUUGGGCCUCUGCCUGCUCCGGUCAGCGGGCCUGGGGGACGACGGCAGGACGGCGGUGUCACCUCAUCUAGUCCUUAGCAGCAACGCUACUCCGCUGUCCAGGGUCUCUUAGAGCUUCUGCUUUCUUAGAAGUUACCUGAAUCUAGCUUCUUCAGUUCACUGAAACAGAGUUGUUCCGGGCCAUUUUGCCUUGAGGUUAAGAAGUGCAGUGCGUGCCAGGGUUUACAUACAUAUCGCAUGUUGAAGGUCUUUUAAACCUCGGUUAUCACAGCCACCUGUAAAGUCCUGGGUAUUUCUAUUUCUGACUCCUGUCAGCCUAAAGAUGAAUUUGGAAAGUCCACCCAGUGGGCUUAGCUUCAGAGAGUGUGCUGCUUUUCUACCUGCUGCCUCUGGAACGGGAAACAGCGAGGCAUUCGUCUCAGUGCUCUUUCUUUUUUCCUGAAAUACUUGCCAUUAUUUACCAAAGGCCCAUUGGUAGCUAACGUCAGAUACUCCCUAAGGUCAGAUGACAGAUGCUUAAAGCAACCUGACAUGGAUUAUUCCUCCCACAUAAGGAUGCAAUGACAGAUUCUGAGAGAAAUGGUUUGCAAAAUGUUUGAACCACUUUCUACAUCUCAUUGUUAAACAGAACAGUUAGAUUUGCUGCAUAUGAACUUGCUCUUCAAGAGAACCAAUUUGGAACUGGCAAGAUCACACAGCAAUGGUACAUGUUGUCUGACAGUUACUAAUUGUUCCACACGUGACUCAAGUAUUUUCCUAGCUCUUGUAUCUCACCUCUGAAAUUACAGACUCUGAGAGCCUGGGUUAAUCAAUUCUCAAGCCCCUACCCAGGCCCUGUGCUAGCGCUUCUCUUUGUUUGCUCUUUCCUCCUCACCCUGACUCUGCACCCCUGUACUGACUCUGGUGUCAUUUUCUGCCUUGCCAGUAGGGGGCACUGCUGUGCAGGGUAAUUGCCUGGCCUGCUCCCGUCCUGACCCCCCAGGAGGUCUUGCACUACCUCCGUCUUAUUCAGACUUCAGGGUACAUCUUGAUAAGUCAAGUCAAAACUGCCAAUUUUAGGGCUGAGAUGUGUUUUUUUAAAAAUCCUUAUAGACUCCACUUUGUACUUUAGAUUUUGAAACUGGGAAGAAAAUGUGACAUACUUUGGACCACUUUUUUUAAUUUAUCGAAGCCUUAAUGAACAGUGUAUAUACAUUUGCAUACACACACACCCCGACCCAAAAGUGUUUUCAGUGCGUCGGAGACAAAGCUGUAGCAUUAGGACGUGAGCUGGUAUGUUUCAUAGAAAAGGAGAGCUUUCUGUUGGUAUGGAAUUUUCCAAGAAAACCUCUCAUUAGACUGCUCCCCUUCGUCAAAGGUGUUAGGUGCAGAGCAACGCAUGUUUAAGAUGCAUGUCUUUGUGUUGGUUGGUUUUGUGUUUGUAUGAGUAAUGAUAGAAUAUAACAACAUUGGCGACAGACUGUGUACUACCUUCUCAAUCUGUAUCAGUGCAUUGUAAGCCUUCUCAUGACCAUGACCCUGUGUCCACACAUCUGUGCUCCUACAUAAACCAGUCUGCCCCUCUUUCUCAGACUAAUUUCACCUAGAUUGUCACGGUUUCCUUCAUGUUAACUUUGCAUAUCUUUGUGCUUCCUUCACUACUAUGUAUGUAAUAUAUAUACGUACAUAUGCUGUCCAAAUAUAUCUUUACAUAUUUGUAUAGCAUUUUUACACCUACCUUGAGGAAUCUGGUUUCGAAAGGGAGUGAGAGUUUAGUCCCUUCUACAGUUUUCUCCAAGCUGUGUCCUGAGAAUUCUGACCCUCAGAGCCUGAGAGCACCCCAGGAAGAUGAUGAUAUAAUAUGCCGUCAUCUCUUAACUCAGCACCUAUUAUCAAACGCAACAUGAAAAAACAGUGACUUUUAAGGUGAAAAACAGUUUCAAGCAUUCCAAAUGAAUUCUCAAUGUUUCAUAACUUUUUAUUAUAAACCCACCUCCUAAAUAAAGCCAAGUACCAUUUGAUACAGUGAUUAAAAACCAAACAACUUGGAAAUUUUUUAGAAGACAACGUAUGGAUAAAUGCUCAUUUUCACAAUCAGAAUAGCUGUAAAGUACGGUUGAAUUUGAUACAGACAGAAAACGUUUAGUUGAAGGACAAAUCCUUUUUGCUUUUCGUUUUUCUUGGGAGAUCUAAAGAGCAAUUGUGGAUUGUUUUCCUGACAGCAGAAGAGUAAUGUGACAAAAUGAAGUCGUUGUAAAGAAGUGAUGCAACUUGUCAAAUAUUUAAUAAAGAAUUAUGGAAGCUGGAACUUUUUCUA